GAGUACAUUUCACUGUGCCAUCAUGAGGAAAGGUGCCUCAACUGUGGACUAUGCUACCAUGAGGGACAAAGACAUUGAGAAACCAGCAGAUGCGGAGUCUGGCUUCGGAGACAUGGAGUCUGACACCCCCGAGGCCAACCCCAAAGUGGACCUGUCCCCGGAUGGCAAGUGUUCGUGUUGUCCGUACGGUUACCACAUCGACCUGGACUUCCUGAAGUACUGCGACGACAUCUCCAAGGGGAGCAACAUCCCGAAGAUCGUGAGACCCAGGAAACCCAAGUCCCCUGGCGGACCGCUGUCUCCUGCCAUGGAUUACCGUGCUAAUACCUUACCGCGAGGCUUCUAUCUGAACUCACAGCAAAGCAAUCUACCGAGACAUGCACCCGUAGUGCCUUCCUCUCCCAUUUCUCCCCUCUCCGUCAACACUUCCCUGUCAUCAGCAAUAAACUCUAUACCGGAAACAGUGAAGGAAACAACGGCUACCAAACAAACUGUUCCAGACCCGCGGGAAAACGCCAGUUCUGUGUAUGGCUAUAACUCUUCUACCCGGAGACCGUCCUUGCCGGGCGACCUCCCGAUACCUUUUACCUCACCGAACUCGAACAGCGUGUUCACGAUGCCCGCUGCGCUGGCUAAUCAGAGCAACAGCGGGUCGUCCAGCUCUCUGUCGUCCCAGCUUUCCACGCAGUCCAGUUCUGGCCAGUUUUCUCCACACAGUGAAAUGUCCGGGGACACGAAGCACAGCCUGGGGGUGCAGACUCCGGCCUCGCUUCUUUCCCCGGGCAGUUCUUCGCGUGGGUCAGGCGCGUCGACUCCGCAGCCUCCAGCGGUGAGCUCUGCCAUGUUGCAGGGCAUCCGGGAACAAAUCGCUGCCAGCCUGAAGAGAAUAAAGGUCCUGGAGGAGCAGGUGAAAGAAAUCCCCGUCUUACAGGUCAAGAUUUCUGUUCUGAAGGAGGAGAAGCGCCUGCUGAUGAUGCAACUCAAGUCGAAAAACGGCGAGCAAAAUCUCAAACCUGAAGACACCAACAAACGGGAGAAGCGGGAUGAUGACAAAGACAGUACGAAGAGAUUGCAUCGAAGGUCGUUAAGCACCGGAUCAUUUCAGAUGUUGGAACAGCAAUGGAAGGAACAACAGGCAGAGCAAGAAAAGCAGAAGCCUUCCAAAGGUGCACCAGAACCUUCUGAGAAGAACGGCACAGCCAAGAAAGCCAAGGUGCCUCCCCCAGUGCCUCCUCGCAGCUUUCGAUCUGUCUCAGUUGGAGACACGACCAGUCUUUCAGAUAUCGUUUGCUACAACAGUGCCUUGCGGACAAGCGUAAACGUGGGCACAAAUACCACGGUACCGUCACGCGACGUAGGGGUUGGUUAUUCCCCCCGGAUGCGCCAUGUCGGUGUAGGAAUAUCCAACGAUUUGCUUCAACAGGAAUUAGGCAUCGUAGAAAACCAGAAGUGCAAUACAGCAGUUGUGGAGACAUCGGAAGUUGGUGUGGGGGUUUCAGUGGAGCAGAGGGCUGUUGCUGUUGGUAACCACACAGAAUCCCGGGAUGUUGGCAUGACAACGGAACCCGAGGUGGUAAAGAAACAGAAAACCAAACACGCCACCCGAAGCAUUGGGGUAAUUGUAGAUAUACCAGAAACGAAAGAUGUUCGGACAGUUGGCGUAGGGAGUGGCUCUAUCUCUGAGCAGGAGAAGCCCCUUGCAGAGACUGCGUCUGUUUCUACAAACACACCCACUGUCAAUACCAUUGAUAAAGUUACCAAUACCGUAGCCGUGAAUCUAAAAACGGUAGCAGUUGGGAAUUUUUCAGUGAAGGACCUUCUGUGCGACCGCUGCGCGGAUGUUAAGACCAAGACCGUUGCAGUGGGAGCGUGUAGUAUUAAGGACACAAUAUGUGAUCGUUGCAAUAACAUGGAGAGUAAAACGGUGGGUGUUGGGCGUUGUACCAUCAACGACACCGUCUGUGACAAGUGUACCAACCUCAAAACCAGGAGUAUUGGCUGCGCGACGUUGGCAAACUGGAAUCAGAAGUCUGUCUCUGUCCUUGCAAAGGUCGAGCAAAGUGACGUUGGCACCGGAGACAGCUCUGUUCUGGAGGAAACAGACUCAGGGAAGGACCAAACGGAGACAAAGGACAUCGGAGUUGGAGAAGACUCCAUAUUCCCCUUGGAGGACGUUAAGCUCCCAGUCCAAACGCAGGUACAGGAAACGGUUAGCAUUGUUUCCUCCCCAACUGAGUCUCGUCCCCCUCUGGAGAUUAUCGAGAGCUCCAGUAGCGAUGAGGUGGAGGAUGAAGACAUGAUUCCUCCUCUCCAACAGGCGAGUAUUAUCAAGACAACAGAACCUCAGGUGGCAGAAGUACAGCCUGUGCACCGGGUUGUCAGGGAGACGGUCGUCAGGGAGACGGUUGUCACGGUUACGUCUCAAGAUGGUUACGAGGAACUGGAUGGUGAAGUGAAGGAAAAAAAAGAGGAGGAAGAGAAAGAGUCUUUAGAGGCUGUGGAUGGAUUUGAGAACAAACAUGCGCUGUCACCUGGCUCGAGCCCCGCCAUCUCCAACUUGCGGCCGUUACGGUCGUGCUUGAAGGGAAAGCACUCCACCAAGAAAGUAAACAUUAAGAAAGAGAUCCAGUUCGUGGGUGUCAACGGCAAUGGCCAUGACGAGAGCAGCAGCGAUGACUCCAGCUCAGAGGAGAGCUCCGAAGAUGAAACCGACGACGAGGACAGCAGCAGCUCUGAGUCAGAGUCCUCCGACGAAGGAGGAUACAACUGCGAACUGGGCAAGGUCAUCAAGAAGGGCAAGGAAGAACAAGGCAAGAAGGACGUCAAGACGAUUUCCUCCUCAGAAAUCAUCUGUGAAGACAUCAAGGAAGCUGGUCAGCUGGUGAGCAGGGAGCUCAAGGAAACGCAUGAGUUGAGCGAGGAACUGCAGGAAGCCUGCGGAGUGCUGGAGAAGCAUGUCACCACGCCCAAAUCUGUGCCGCCUCGGGAACUGAUGAUGGCAAUGAACACGAUCCAGCACGAAUGGAUGAAGGCCGGCGCUCAGAAGACAUCAGAUGUCCACGUGGUGAGGGACUACCUGGCAGCGUUUGAGCAGAUGGCAUCAGGAGUCAUCGGCAAAAUUGUCAACCUUGCAGAUGGAAAUGGUAACACCGCCCUGCACUACUCUGUCUCACACUCCAACUUCGACAUUGUCGAGAUUCUCCUGGAGACAGGCCAAUGUGAGGUCAACAAGCAGAACAAGGCUGGCUACACAGCCAUCAUGCUGGCGUCCCUCGCCAAGCUGCAGGGAGACCGACAAAUGGAGGUGGUGAAGAAACUGUUCCAGUCUGGAGACGUCAACAUCCGAGCCACACAGGCGGGACAAACGGCGCUCAUGCUCGCUGUGAGCCACGGGCGGCAGGAGAUCGUCAAGAUGCUGAUCGAUGCAGGGGCAGAGGUCAACCUGCAGGAUGAGGACGGCUCCACUGCCCUGAUGUGUGCCAGUGAACACGGGCACUUGGAGAUAGUCAAGCUCCUCCUGGCCCAGCCGGGCUGUGAUGCUACCAUCACUGACAAUGAUGACAGCACAGCCCUGUCCAUCGCCAUGGAGGCAGGACACAGGGACAUCGGUGUGCUGCUCUACGCUCAGGUCAACAUGGGGAAAACUGCACCGGGUGGAGGCAAGGGAAGAAGGUUAUCACCCAGCCCAACACGAAGAAAAUCACCUUAGCUGUACUUCCGUGCAUGAAUACAUGAAGAGGAUCCUUUAACUGCUCAUCACCUGGGAGGACCAGUCAUCCCUGUUUAACAGUGGUAUCACCCAGUUUUAUGUUACUUCUAUGUCGGAUGUCAGAUCAUGCCACUUUCAGAACAGGGUAUAUUUUAAAACACUAUUUCAGACAAGAUGGGAAGAUAGUGAAGGGUGAUUAAAUCAUAUUGCCACACCAGUGAAUUUAUGUUCCAAAAUUGCUGCAGUGAUUUAGCAACUUGCACACUCAAGUGGGGCAUAUUAAAGUCUGCCUCAAAUGUUUAUUAAGUAAUGUUACCAGUAUAUUCUGAACCGUCUUACAGUUAACAAGAAAAAAAUGGCAAAAGAAGCUUCAGAAAUGUGUGACAAAAUAUCACAGGACUUAAGCAAAGCCACCGUUGGUGUAUUGAUACGUAUUUGUUGAAGAUACAUGUAACGUUAUGUAUUUUUAGAAGUAGGGAAAAUUUCGUAGCAAGUUAAGAGUAUUCCAUGUGUCAUACUAACACAUAAUAUUAUAUAUUAACAUGCCUGAAUUGUUCUACGUGCUCUCAGCUCUGCUCAGCAAAUGCUUACCACCCCUUUGAUAGAGUGGUACUGACCACAUCUAUGUAGAAUAUGUCUGCUUCCAGAGCAGUCCACAUCCUGUCAAGGGGUGGCAGGACCUGUUGAGCAGUUUAAUGGAAGAAUGUAUUCAAUAUGUUAUUUAUUGUAAGGUUUAAAUAAGAUUUACGUAAGGUACAUGUAUACAAAUACCAUGAUAUCUUUCAUUCAUUACAAUGCAAGGAAGGUUACUAACUAUGGAUACACUGUCAUAAGGUACUGUCCAAGUAGAUGAACUACAUGUACUUCCUUCCGACAUUUAAGAUAUGUAUAGCUGUCUUGUAAACAGGAAGAAUACAAACAGUCAAAGUCCUCUACAAUUAUUAAAACUAGAUUGUAAAAAUAAAUACUGGCCUUACACAGUUGUCGCCAGACACAAGAAAAGCACAAACCGUGCCACCAUGACAGUUGUAAAUACACCACAAACCCAAGAAGGCACCUUUAGUCAACGUUUGAAAGUGCCAUGACAUUGUCAUUUUGACAACAGAAGUAUAAAUUUUAUACCCUCGAGUUAACCACAUGUAUGUCACAUGUAUGGUGAUGGAUAGAAAAAAAAAUGGAAUAUAUUUUGAAAGCAAGAAAAAAGUGCUAUUUUAGUAUUUCAGGACGUAAAUGAUAGCAAUAGUAAGAUUACUUAGUAGUACUAACAUGUUAAUCUGUGAUACAGUUGACCAUGCUUCCUCGUCCUGCUAAAUCAUAGUGAUACUAACAACAUGACAGCUCUGAAUGUUUCAUUGUGAAUACAUAAUAAUUGUGAUGACAAAAUCAGCAUACAAUCUUGAGAAGCUAGAGAGGGUUGUUGGUGUGUGUGUGUGUGGCCUAUGGUCGAUCUGCAUUGCUGAAUUUGACAAAAGUGCAUGCAGGACUUGAAACUGCAGUUCUUGUGUAUACUACCAGGUGUCCUCAUGAAAUUUGAAGACUUGCAUUUUUGGUGAGGCCCAAACAGUGGGCACACUUUAAAGCCAAGAGAAGGGCAAGGAAAAUGUAUUUGAUAGCAUAAACGCUUCACCACAGUGUAUCUCUCAUCACAUGGUUGUUGAAAUUGGUCUACCAGGGGU